ACACUGGUUCUCACCCGUAGAUUUGCUGAGGAUUUGUAUUUGGGUGUACGAAAAGGGGAUUCCCAAUGCAGACAGCACAGCAAUCAUUGGAGUGGUGGAGGGCAUAGUGAAAUGCUGCUGUAGAACACUUGGCAGCCACACCCCCAUGGUCAUCCUGCGACCAGUUCCAUGCUUCCUUAGGAGGAGUCUUACCAACAGCAAGCUCUCAUCCCAAUAUGUAUUGCAGACCAGCUUUCUCAGCCUACUCUUGACUUUCACAAAGGCGAUGGCAGGCGAGUGGCGUCAACUGGUGUGCAGUAUUGGCGAGGAAACUUUCAAUCAUGUCUUGGCCAUGUGGGACAGCAGGCCAUCUCUGCGCCAGUCACAGCUCCUUGAGUACUUGAACUUGUUGAUCCUUGUUCAUGAUCCACAAGAAGGGACCCACAAGGAGGGGAGCAUAAGUACUGACCCCAUCACUUGGCAACGUUGCUUGCACCGCCUCUAUCAACUUAUCCAUGACCACCUAAGUCAGCUGAGUACCAAAAACAAGCUAUCUGGGGUUUCUGGUAGUUUUAGUGCAGAUCAGCAGACAAUACCACAGAAUCUGGUGUUGUUAUCUGCCAGGCUGUGCAGCAAGAUUUUCCAAGACACUGCAAACUAUGGUGUUCUGGACAUCACUCAGUCAAGCAGCACCCAAACAAAUGCUGACAUGAGUGUGACACAGGCUGGAAAGGCUAACAAGAGGAGGAGGAUUGAAGUUGGCCUACAACCUUUAACCUCCAAGCUAAAGGAAGAAGGAACUCAUCCGCACGUGAUUCCUUGGUACCAAAUUCUCUUGGAGUUGCUGAAAUCGUACUCAGGCAUUUUUGAUCCUGAAAGGUGCUUGCUGAUGUUGGAUAUGUUCACCUGUACCCUGGGAGAGAGCAGGGUGGCAUUUGUACAAGAACACAUUAUACAGUGUCUAGGAGCUCUUGCGUUGCAGUACAACAAAGUUUUCCCUGAGAAAAGUGCUCACAAACAGAUGAGGAGUGGCAAAUGGUCCCCUGUUUGGGAUCUUGUACUAAGGUGUGUUUAGAUUGACUUUAUUUUA